AUGCCGGCAACGCCGUACAAGCAUACUACUAACGCAAAAAUCGAGAAUGUUGAGCCAAAAUCUCAUUCUCAAUCUGACGCUACCGUGCUUGUCCCGGAACCUUCAGAUGAUCCUAAUGAUCCUCUGAAUUGGCCGACAUCCAAAAAAUAUGUCACUCUCGCGAUCUGGAGCCUCGCGUCAUUCUCGAGCCAGGCGUCCGCCAUGGCAAACCUGCAAGGGUAUGUCCUGCAGGCUCCCCUAUACGGAAAGACUCCGGUGCAAGUCUCAUACUCGAUAUCAGCCGCCCUUGCUGGUCUUAUCGCUGGCGCGCUUAUAGUUGUUCCGCUCGGCCGUAAAUUUGGAUCCUGUUUUUGCCUCCUGUGGUCAACGAUCGGCGUACUAGUGACCGCCAUUUGGUCUGCAUUGAUGACUUCUAGUAAGGAUUACAACGCAUUUAUUGUCUCCCGUUUGUUUGCCGGAAUCUUUGCCUCCCCUCCUCUCAUCUUGGGCAGCGCUACAGUGCUUCGGAUUUUCUUCCGUAACCAACGCGGAAAAUGCCUUCAUAUCCUCCAUGUCCCAUAUUUGUUGGGCGCAGUGGCCGGACCGACAUUUGGAGGUUUCAUCGUGGCAAAGCACCCCUGGCCGAUUCAGUUUUGGUGGACAGUGGCUAUGAAUGGUCUGCUGAUAGUGUUGAUUUUACUAUUCCUCGACAAUACCGAGUACAGCCGGAACAGCCAGUCGUCUCAGCCAAUUUCACUUAGCGAGCCUCUCUUAACGCGUCGCAUGAAAACCUACCUCUAUGGGUCGGCGGCUAUCGAACACGUUUCUUUUUCGCAAUGUAUCAUGAUUGAGCUUCGGACUGUUGGUGACGAGAUUCUCAUUGGCCUGUGUCCGAUCAGUAUCCUUGCUGGUUUGGUCCUACUCGUUGAUUUCGGGUUUGCUACAAUGUCGUACGUAUUGAACAUUCUGUUCGUCGAGCAACCGGUCAGUGAGGGUGGCUAUGCCUUCAAUUCCAAUCAGACAGCUGCAUUCACAAUUAGCCAAUGGAUUGGCCUUGGUAUCGCCGAGACCUACGGUCACUUUGUCAGUGAUCGCCUGCCAUUGUGGUUAUGCCGACGAAACAACAAUAUUUGGAAACAGGAGUACCGUCUCUAUUGUACCGCUGCUCCAGUCAUCAUCUUGCCAAUAGGUCUGGGGCUCUUUGCCUCAGCUCUGCAAUACCACCUACAUUGGGUUGUCCUAGCUCUAGGCUCGGUGCUGAUAUUCGCUGCGGGAAUGUCCGUGGUUCCAAUUGUCAUGACCUACCUUUGCGAGUGCUUCCCUAACCAUGCCUCAGAGACGUCAGCCAUCAUGAGUGUUUACAGACUCGGGUUUGGUCUCUCCACAACAUUUUUUGCUACUCCAUGGAUCAAUAAGGUUGGGAUAGGCUGGACCUUCGGGAUGGCAGCCAUAUUUACGGUCUCUAUUUCUGUUAACUUGGCGUUUCUGAUUUGGAAAGGACCUCAGGCUAUGAAAUGGAGUCCUUUUAAGCGAAAUGCAGAUAGCCACUUUGGUCGCAAUGAUCUAGAAGAAGCUUAG